CUGCUUUUUCUCCUUCUGCUAGGUCGGAGGCACUGUGACCACGACCUUGUAAUCCUCUCUCAUGCCACAUUUGAUCAAUGCCCCCUCCAUGCCCUUUCUUCGCAUCGGUUUGGGUAAAUGCAGUUUGUGCUUCUGCUAAUUGGGUCACGCUUGGAAUUGGGUUUCGGCGAUCCUGGGUCGUGAGCUCUGGAUAGAGAGUGAUUGCCAGUGGGUGCUGUGGAAGUGCGUCAUCUCUUCUGGAUGGUCGCUGUUGGAGGUCUUGACGAGCUGUGAUUGCCACGCUAUUUUUGCUUUGACUUAUGAUCCGGAUUCUACCCUUGCCCCAGGUUCAAGGCGCUAGUAGAAUGGCAUCAAUUACAUCUUUGCAACCUCAAGCACUUUCAAGACUGCAGGCGUGCCCUCAUACUUCAUCCCUAGUCCCGGCCACUAGCUCUUCUUUUGCAACUUUUUCUGCAAGCUCGAGAUAUUUGUCUCCAUCACUACGUUUGAACCAAGGGGUUAUUAGCCAGAGCGAGAGUGUGUCCUGUCAACAUCAAGGAUUGGAAAAAAAAUUCAUUGCAUUUGCUGAUUUUGAAAAGGCUUCAUGGAAGCCAAUUACUAGUAAUCACCGUAAAGGCCUCAUUGCGAGAGCCAGCGACCCUGGAAUUGUAAGAGCUGUGGCAACCUCAGUAAAGGAGGAUGUGAAAGUGAUUGCGCCAGAUGCGGAGCUGGGUACAGAUAAUAAACAUGGAGAUGAUGAAGAGAGAGUGGGAGUGCUGCUUCUGAAUCUUGGUGGACCAGACACACUUGAGGACGUGCAGCCUUUUCUAUACAACCUUUUUGCUGAUCCGGACAUCAUCCGGCUGCCACGUUUGUUUAGAUUCUUGCAAAGGCCACUGGCCCAGUUCAUAUCCACGUUACGAGCUCCGAAAAGUGCUGAGGGGUAUGCUGCCAUAGGGGGAGGGUCACCUUUGCGGCAAAUGACAGAUGAGCAGGCUGCAGCUCUAAAGGCUGCAUUGGAGAGCAAGAAUUUACCAGCUAAAGUUUACGUAGGGAUGAGAUAUUGGCAUCCAUUUACGGAGGAAGCUAUCAAUCAGAUAAAGGAGGAUGGAAUUUCACGACUGGUGGUUCUCCCGUUAUACCCUCAGUUUUCAAUAUCAACUAGUGGUUCCAGCCUUCGUCUACUGGAGAGCAUCUUCAGAGAGGAUGAGUAUCUUGUUAACAUGCAACAUACAGUGAUUCCGUCAUGGUACAAUCGCAAUGGAUACGUGCAGUCGAUGGCAACGCUUAUCGAGAAAGAAUUAACAAAGUUUGAGAAACCUGACGAGGUCCAUAUUUUUUUCAGUGCGCAUGGUGUACCUGUGGCCUACGUAGAAGAAGCAGGAGAUCCGUACAAGGCUGAAAUGGAGGAAUGCGUACAACUUAUUAUGGCUGCAGUAAAGGCUCGGGAUAUCCGCUGUCCCCAUACUCUUGCUUACCAGAGUCGCGUGGGCCCGGUUGAAUGGCUCAAACCGUACACGGACGACACGAUCCGAGAGCUUGGAAAGAGUGGGGUGAAGAGUCUCUUGGCUGUUCCAGUCAGCUUCGUUAGUGAGCACAUUGAGACUUUGGAGGAGAUUGAUAUGGAGUACAGAGAGCUGGCCUUAGAAUCUGGUAUUAGGAACUGGGGCCGUGUACCUGCAUUGGGUUGUGAGCCUGGUUUCAUUGCCGACUUGGCAGAUGCAAUUAUCGAGGCCCUGCCUUACGUAGGUGCCAUGGCUGUUUCAAAUCUCGAGGCUCGUCAGUCACUUGUGCCAUUAGGAAGUGUGGAGCAGCUGCUAGCCACAUACGAUACUCUGCGUCGAGAGCUACCAGCACCAGUGGCAAUGUGGGAGUGGGGGUGGACAAAAAGUGCAGAGACAUGGAAUGGGCGUGCGGCUAUGCUGGCAGUUUUAACUCUACUUGUUCUGGAAGUCACAACUGGGGAAGGUGUUCUCCAUCAAUGGGGUAUUCUACCUCUCUUUCAUUAAAUUUUGUAGGGUGAGUGAAGCGGGCAUCUUAACAAUCAAUACACGUUCAGAAGCCGAGUUUGAAGAGGAGCAGUAGUGCCAACAGGCUCUCCGGCUAUCUUGGUUGUCCUGAGAAUGCGACAAUUACUCAGCGCGAAGACAUGGUGCUAUUUAUAGUCGUGGCCUCCAUAACUAUUUGUUCAUGCAUCUUAUUACACACAUGUCUGGGAGGCAUACGAAUGCAGGCGUGGUUGGUGAAAGUUUUGUUCUGCAAGACUCUGGAACCUUGAACCUGCCAAUGUCCUUGUUGCAUCAUCCAUUCAUCUUAUCUGGUGCAACUUGCUUCUUGUUGCCUCAUUUCAGAUUUGUCUCUAUGUCAACCUACACACUUCAUAUUAUAGCGGUAAUAACCGGCAAUGCUUUUUACUGCAUCAAUCGUCAGAGGAGCUGACUCGCAAAACUACCGUUAUCUUACCUAGAGAAUUGUGACAAAUUAGGUUUGUAUGUAGGGCUUAACUAAACAAUUUUCAUGAGUCUACUAAUUGAAUAGAUUAGCUUGACCCGUAUAUUUAAUUUCAGGCACUAACAUCAGACGGCAGACAAGGAGCUGCUUAGUGGUGGGACCUUCUGUGGUGAUUGAACGCACUAUGUGCAGGACUCUUAUUAUACUACUUAGGUUAUCUGAAAUCACCAUUGAAGUCAUGUAGUCUGAUAUAAUACUCGACUACCUGGAGUAAAUAGUGUUCCUUGCAAACUCCUUCAGUGCCUGUAUGCUAUCCUUGGUGAUGGAUUUCUAUGAAUAAGUUAUUGUACAAUGGAU